AUGGAGGGAUAUUCCACAGAGCAAGAGGCGUGUCCACAGUUGCUAGAUUUGAUUCCAAAAGAGAGAGAAUGGCUUGUGAAAAGGGAAGAACGAAGCCAUGGAGUUUCAGAGGAGAAAAAGCUCGAGUUAAGGCUUGGUCCACCAGGCGAACACUGGACCAUCAAAGAUUGUUCAAGAGACAACUCUGGAGAAAGAGAUGAAUCUCUUCUCACUCUUGGGUGCUUUUCAAACAUGUCAUCCAUGACCCACAACGCUAACACUUCUGGUGCUAAGAGAGGGUUCAUAGACACUGUUGACCACAAAACAAUAGAGGGUACUUGGAUAAUGAACAACAAAGGAGGCCAAACCCAGAAAUUUUCUUCUUCAGAGAGUCCAUGGGCAUCUUCAGGUUACCAGGUGAAGACCCAACAACAGAACCACCAGACAAGGGCUCCAUAUCCCCAGUACCAAUCAACCCCACAAGGCCAGCCUGUUACUGCUAGGGAAUCGUCACAGCCCUGUUGCACUAAAGUGGUAGACUUGCAGAAUGCAGAAAAGAAGACAUUUUCACCAGCUUCUGCAAAUACAGCUGUGCCCAACAGCUCUCAGAAAAGAUCUGCUCCUACUCCAGUUGUGGGGUGGCCUCCAAUUCGGUCAUUUAGGAAGAAUCUUGCCAGUAGCAGCUCUUUAAAGCCCUCCCCAGAGUCUGAAAAAGUGGUCCCAAACAAGGCUUCGAACGAGAAACCGAUUGAAACUAGCCGAAAAGGAUUGUUUGUGAAGAUCAAUAUGGAUGGGGUCCCAAUUGGAAGAAAAGUGGAUCUUAAAGCCUAUGACUGCUAUGAAAAGCUCUACUCUGCUGUUGAUGAACUCUUCAGAGGCCUUCUUGCAGCUCAAAGUGAUUCCUCUGCCGAUGGAAUGAAAAACAAGGAAGAGGGAGAGAAACCUAUUACUGGUCUGUUAGAUGGAAGUGGGGAAUAUACCCUUGUGUAUCAGGAUAAUGAAGGAGACAGGAUGCUUGUUGGGGAUGUCCCAUGGCACAUGUUUGUAUCUACUGUAAAGAGGCUGCGCGUGUUGAAAAGCUCUGAACUUCCCACUUUAUGUCUUGGCAGUAAGCAAGAAAAGCUCACACCAGAUGCUUCAUGA